AUGUCUUACAACGCCUAUGGUGGAGCCACCACGGCCCCAUUCUACGCCCACCAGCAGCCUCCGCGCGUCCCGCAAUAUCCACCUCAGCAACACCAGCAAUUUUCAGGCUAUUAUUCCUCCAAUCCUCAGGCCCCUGCUUUUGACGAGAAUAGUUUCCGCUCACUGUACGCACAGCGGCUGGGAGCGCUCACCGUCAAUUCUCGUCCCAUUAUUCAGGAUCUUUCCAUGCUUGCUCAGAAUUACCCACAAAUGGCACACGUUGUCGUCGAUUGCAUUGAACGCCAAGUCCGCACUAUGGCACCGCCAUUCAAACUUCCUCUCUUCUACUUGCUGGACUCUAUUGCUAAGAAUGCGUUUGAGCCGUAUGCAGCUGCCUUUACGCCUCGUAUCGUCCGCCUUUUCCUGGAUACCUAUCACGCCGUCGACCAGCAGACACAGCACAAAAUGCGUGAGAUGAUGGUAACCUGGCGAAAUGGGUCACCGAAUAACAGAGAACUCUUUGGUCCGGGGGUCCAAGGCGAGAUCGAGCGUGUCUGGGGCACUUCGGUACGACGAAUGGUCCCUGCCCGUCACGAACGGUCACUCAAACCGACACCUCUGCACUUGCAGAGACUUCCCACAGCGUCGCAGGUACAGACUGAGCUUGACGUCGUCCUUGUCCAAAAGGAGAGAGCGCUUCAACAGAAUCCUCACGAUGAACUUCUCCCCCGACAUAUUACUGCGCUUCAUGAGUUAAGAAAAAUGCUGCCUACUAUGGGUGCGAGCGAUCUCACAGCUACAUUAACGAGACUCCGAGAGAUGGCGAGAGCGUCUGCACCAGCCCCCCAAGCUCCACCACCACCAAUUCCCUACACUGCAGCGCCGUUUGCCCAGCCCUACCCAUCUUUCCCUCCCGCCGCUGCCCCUCCCGUGCAAGUGCCUCCCGCGCAGAACGUUAUCCCCGUCAUUCCACCGACACUGAACGCACAGAAUAUAAUCUCGCUGUUGUCUUCGAUUACGUCGCUGCAAAGUGGAAAAAUAGCUGUUGAGACCCCUGCCUCAGUUGAGAUAUCGGCCUCUACCUCGGUUGAGGAUUACGAAAAGGCAAUACUGCAACGCAAGAUCAAGCUCAAUACACACGAUAUUACAAAGACCGCACCCCAAGCAUUACCUUUUCUGUAUAUCAAAGACUCUCCACAGUGCAAUGAGUGUAGCAUGCGUUUUCCUGCUGGCGAGGAUGGCAAGAUCAAGUUGCGGGAUCACCUUGAUCAGCACUUCCGUCAAAACAUCAAGUCGAGCGAAAACUUGGGCAGAGGGUUCUCUCGGAGCUGGUUCGUCGGCAAAAAGGAUUGGGUUAAUGACAUUCCGGAGCAUUCUCUGAACAAGGGCAAGCGCCCAGCUACUGUUCUCACUGACAAGCAAAAGGCAGAAGCUGCCGAAGCACUGAGGAAAGAGCUCGAAGCCAAAUACCUGGUCGUGCCCCCUGGUGAGGAAGGCAAAGAGGUUCGAUGCGCCAUCUGCACAGAGAAGAUCAACGUCGAGUUUAUGGAAGAAGAUGAUGGAGAUGGUGAUUGGGUAUGGAGAAACGCCGUCAAGGUUGACAACAAGAUUUAUCACGCUACUUGUCAACACGACUGGUCAACAUCGAGUUUCAACAAGAGUCGGCUUGCCAAUGGUGGAAGCAGACAAGCGACGCCAGAUGUGAUCGGCUCUCGCGAUAGUGGUACUCCGCAGAGGAUCAAGACUGACUCACCGCGUACGCCUCCAACUCGACUGCUCGCUGUCGCCGGCACCAAGCGCAAAGCCAAUGCACCAGAGUCGGGCAAACAAGCUUCGCCGUCGUCAAAAGAGGGUACCCCGCUCGUCAAAGCCGAAACUGAUGAACCCCGCAUCAAACGUCGGGCCAUCGAGGUUUAG